AUGCAGUUUGUUACCAUUGUCGCUCUCUUUGCCCUCGCCCUCGGCGUCACUGCCCACCCCGGCCGUCGCCCCGCCGACGUCCACCAGCAAAAGAACGAAUGCGGUGGUGGCCAGCUCGCCUGCUGUGUCGAGCACUCUGACAUCCACGCCGACAGUUUCCUCUCCAGUCUUCUGACCGAGGGUCUGCUCACCCCCAUCAUUGGUUCCCAGGAGCAGUCUUGCGCCAAGUUUUCGCUGAUUGAAAACCUGAAUAUUCUUGGUUUCACCACCAAGAAGGGCGAUGACAAGCCCUCUUGCAAGUCCAUUACUGCUUGCUGUCCUGAUGGCCAGUCUUGUAACCGUGUCUAA